AUGGACCCAGCGAGGGCAGUUCCUCCGUGUUGGCAGGAAGCCCCUGCGAGGGCUGCCCAGCAGCGUAAGAUUGCUGUCCACGUGCGCCGUGGCGACCAUGCUCGGUGUCUGAUUUCGCGUUUUGUUAGUGUGCUUGACCAGUUGUUCAGUGGCGAGUUGCCGAUCCCCGAUGAGUUUCAAACGAAGCAGUCCGACGCUCACCUGGUAGUUAUUUCUGAGACCGAGCCAGAUGACCCCGAGUUUGAGGUUUUCAAGAACUACACUGGUGCAACCGUCACCUUCCAGCUUGCGCCAGCAGUGCUUGGAAAGAGCAGCAUAUCGAGGCUUCGCAAUGAUCUUGAUUGCUUUGCCAGUGCCGACAUUGCCAUGGUCUGUGGGGGCGGCUUUUCUCGACUGGUUGGAGCUCUAACGAAAGACAGCGGGUAUGCUCUAAUCCUUCAGGAUCAUCACCUGAAUUUUGAGGACCCCCUAAGCGAAAGCACGAACAAGUUUGUCUCCCACGACAGAAUUGCAGAAGGCACCCGCGUGCUCUACGAGAACACAGACAUACCCAACGUGAAGGAGGUGCACUUCUGGUCGGCGGACACGCGUCAGCACCGCGAGCUCCGAGGGACCGCCUUUAGGAAGCUCAAGGCGUGCGGCAGCAGAGCGCAGCUCACGCAGGAGGAGCGAGCAGCGGUGACGAGGCAGCUGAGAAGCGACAUCGAGAGGCUGACGACGGAGAGUCAGAACAUGAGACAGGAACUUCAGAACAGAGACGUGACGAUCGCAGAGAUGCGAGGUCAGCUUCAAGCUCAGCAACAGGCUCAGCAGCAGCGGGUAGCCCCGCGCGGCGAGAUGAUGGAUCCGAAGAUUCUUCACAAGGUGAAGCCGUUCGACGGCCACAGGGCGAGUUGGAAGACGUUCAGUUUCCAGUACAGAGCGUACCUGAUCGCCCAGGAUCGAAGGUACCGAGAUCUUCUGGAAAGGUGCGAGGACGGAGCCCAGGAGGUGGACAACGUCAACCUGGACGCGCAGGAGGAAGAGCUAAGCACGCAGUUGUACUACGGCCUGGUCCUGGCGAUGCCCGAGGACUCAGUAGGCGAGCUGAUCGUGAGGAACAGCCCAGUAGGAGAAGGAGCCGAGUGUUGGAGGAAACUUCAGAAGGAGUACAACCCGAGCGAGGCAGGAAACGUGCUGGCGAUGUGGACCAAGCUCACGGACACGAAGUUCGACGCCAAAGAAGACGUGAUGGUGAGCAUCAGCAAGCUGGACGAGGACAUGACAAGGUACCAGAAGAUGGCAGGAGAACCAGUCUCGGACCUGAUCAAGCGAGGCAUCCUUACAAAGGCGCUGAAGGAUCACGACGAGCUGCAGAAGCACGUGUUUCGGAACAGCAGUCGGCUAAGUACGUACGAGCUCCUGAGAGCCGAGGUGGUGUCGGCGUUGAUGGCAGAGCGAGCGGUUCAGGACGACCCGAUGGAGAUAGGCGCGCUGAAGGGCGGAAAGAGACCGUGGAAAGGCCGCGGCAAAGGGAAAGACGGCAAGGGCAAGGAGAGGCCACCGAAUCCCGACGCCGAGAUCGAGUGCCACUACUGUCACAAGAAGGGCCACCGCAGCGCAAACUGCCGAAAGCGGAUCGCCGACGAGAAGAAUACAUCCGAGAAGGACAAGAAGGACAAGAAGCAGCUCCGUCUCAAGAAGCGCAGCCACACGAUCGACUGGAAGUACUGCUUGCCUAGCUACCACCAAUAUGUCUGCUGCUCUUGCAAGAAGACCUUUGAAGGAUGGCGAUGGCACUUCGAUCAGUGGAAGCUGGACUACUGUGCCGCGUGUGCCGAGUACUGCCUGGACAACUGGUUCAAGGACGAGGAAGAGCCAGACGACAACGAGAAGCAUGUCACCGUCGCUGGUCUUCGGCCCGUGGAUGAAGAUCAGAGCCCUGCAGAUGACCGAUUGCGGUUAGCCCCGCUUCGGAAUGCGAUCAUGCUCGACUCAGGUGCGCAGAUCAGUGCGAUACCGAGAUCACAGGUGACCAAGCAUAACUACACGCCGACGGACAGCAACGUUGUCGGCUUGAAGGGCAUAGGAGGCGAGGAGAUCGAGAGGUACGGCCACGUGGAGCUGAACCUAUCCCGAGGAGGAGAGGUCACUGGAUCAUCAACGGUACCGUCGAGCCACCUGACGGAGCUGAGUUCGUACCUCUACGUCGUCACCAAGGAACCAGCUGAUGAGAACAAGAUCCCGAAGGUCAUGUUCGACAUCUUUUACGUAGGGACGGACCAGCUGGCUGCGAAGUACAAGCUUAAAGGAGGUUACUUCAGCAUCAGGGAGAAGAUGUCGGUCACGAAGGCCGAGCUAGACCAAGCGGUCUCUGUCUUGAAUGUUAUCGACUGUAAGAUCUUGGCUCAGGCGACGUUGUACGCGAACAAGGAGACGGAUGACUACAAGGUGUCCUUCCUGCUAGGCGUGCUGGAAGCUUGGGGCCACACAACAGUCAUACUUCAGACAGACCAGGAGCCUGCCACCAUGGCUCUGGCGCAGGCAGUUCGAGAUCGCAGAUCACACUCAACCUUGGUGCGGGGAUCACCGCCCUUUUCCAAGCAAAGUGCAGGCUACGCUGAAGGAGCUAACAAGCUAGCAGCUGGUCUACUUCGAGCCUACAAGCUGAAGCUGGAGCACAAGCUGGGCUGUGAGAUCAAGAUGACGGAUCCGAUCGUGCCAUGGCUUGUGAACUCAGUGGGGUGGAUGAUUACCAGAUUCCAGCCUCGCAGUCACGGAGGUUCCUCCUACAAGAUGCUCUACGGCAAAGAGUACAACGGCGAGAUUGCGGAGAUGGGUGAGCAGGUCUGGUAUCGGAUCUCAGCCAGAGUUGCCGCGGGACGUGGCAAAUGGGAAGCCCGCUUCGCAAAAGGAAUCUGGGUUGGUAAGAGUGAGCUGGACGAUACACAUCUCGUGAUCGAUCCUGAACGUGGAGUGCAGAAGGUCAGAACGGUGCGAAGGAUGCCUGAGGAGUUCAGAUGGCAGCCCGAGCUCAUCCAGCACAUCAGGGUGACGCCCUGGAAGCAGACGCCCGACAAGAGUUCAGGAACGAUCGGACGCAGCAUGUACAUCACGGAGCGCAUGAUCGAUGCUCAUGGUCCUACUGACGAGUGCAGGAAGUGCAGUACAGGAUACGGUUCGCAUUCGGCAGCCUGCCGACAGCGUUUCGAGACCAUUCAGGCCGACUUGCUGCGCGAGAAGUUGGCAAAGGACCCUGUGGCCCCUGAGGCUACAGUCGUGGUGCCAGCACCGGCUGCGGGUAGCCCCGCGCCUGGAGCGACUUUCGGCGAAGUGCCCCAGGUGAAGUUCGUGAAGGAGCUGAGGAGCCACUUCGGAGAUCCUGAGGAUCAGCAGGUGGAGCAGAUGGUUGAGGUGAGCGCCGAGCUGCAUGAGAAAGACCAGUGGAGCCCAAAGACGAUACACUACGAUUACUAUACUGGAGAGCCUCUGGAUGAGGACCUGUAUCAGAAGGGUCGCGACGACGAGCUGCAGGCCAUGAAAGACUACGGGGUCUACGUGGAAGUGGCGACAUCGACGGCGACUGACGGCAAGCACAUUGGAGGUUUCCCGAUAGCCCACAUGAAAGAAGGAAAGGUCAGGUGGAGGUUCGUAGCAACCGAGGUGAACAAGUACGAGGUCAGGGAGGACAACCACCAAGGCACGCCCCCGCUCAUGAUUGUCAGAGCGACGCUGAGCCGUGCCGCUUCAAGUCCAACUUCCAGCGGGCAGCACCUGCGGAAGAUACAAGUCUGGGACGUCAGGAAGGCUUUCUUCAACGCUGACUUAGACGAGACGAUCUACGUGCAUCCUGGGAGAGAGCUGUGUCCGCCUGGAAGGUGCUGGUGGUUACGCAAGGCCAUGAACGGUACCAGGAAGGCGUCGCAGAUGUGGGGUGAGCUUGUGAGAACUACUAUGGACGACGGCCAUUGGGAAUGCUUGGUUGGAACUCCUAACGUGUUCUACUUACCUGCUAGCCCCAACACAGCCCCCUUCGACGAGGAUAGCACAGCGAUCUGCCAUGGCGAUGACUUUCUUGCUGAAGGCUACGACGAGCAGCUGGACGAGCUGGACGAGUUGUUGAAGCAGCAGUUUGAGGUCACGGCCAGCGCCAGACUUGGACCAGGAGCGGUGGGGCAGACUACAUACCUCAAGAGGACGAUCGGCUACACCGACAAGUUGCCAGGUUGCGAGGAGCCAGGUUUCUUCUGGACUGCCGAUCCCAAGCAUGUGGACUUCAUGAUCAAGUGGACGCAGAAGCGAGGACUUCAGUGUAAGACUUACCUGAUCGAGACCCAGAGGCCCUGCAACCUGAAGAUCUAUAGUGACAGCACAGCUGGACGUGGCAUGUGCAGCCGAGUUGGGGUGGGCAAGGUCAGGCAUCUGGAGCUGAGGUACUUGUGGAUUCAGGAGCGGUUGCGUCUCAAGGCGUUCGAGCUUCACAAGGAGGACACCAGCAAGAUGACAGCCGACAUGCUCACGAAGUACAGCGAGUGGCCGACAAUCGAGAAGCAUUGCACCACUCUCAACCUCAGGUUCGGAAAGCAGAUGACGGGCUUGAGCGCAAUGGCAGUUUUCACGGAGGUCGUGACGAAGGCGUCAGGCGAGAAGGUGACAGUGUACGGAGGAUCUGACGAGGUUGCGGUUUGCCCCGCGCCUGUCAGCCACUAUGUGGAGAGCGAGGAGUUCAGGUUCUACUUGAUGUUGGGACUUGUUAUGGUGACUGCAGCGAGUACUUUCUUAUUGGGGUGCUGGUGUGGUUGCUACUUCAAGAACUUCUACGACAAGUUCCUCCUCCAGGGUGCGGUUAGCCCCGCCUCUGGAAGCACUUGCCCACCAUCUGCGCGGGCUGACGUCGAGUUCAAGACCGUGUGUGCACAGCAGGACAAAGGUGCAAGGCACAAGCUCUUAAACACGUUUCUUGUGGCUGAGCUGCGAGCUGUCUUGAAGGCCAAGAGCCUGGCCGUGUCAGGGAUCAAAGAAGACCUGGUCACGAGGAUGAUCAAGCACGGAGGUGUUCUGUCGGAUCGCCAGGCCAAGGAGAUCGAGCAGCUGCGGGUGAUGGCUACAGCGCAUGGACCUCUUGCCAAGCUUAGCUUGCAGGACAUCAGCAGUCCAGAGGCUGCGCAGAAGUGGAUCGAGACGUUCAAGGGCGAGUGCCGAGACCGUUCCAGAGGCUCUCAGGUGAUCCACGGAGAGGGCUAG